AUGCACAGGUUCCUGUCCGAGGUCAUGGCGCAGAACCUGGGCCGCCUGGCCGUCUUCCGGGAGCAUCCGGACGAGGGCCGCGACGCCGGCGAGCCCGCGCCGCCCGUCCCGGCCGCGAUGUCGGGUCCGUCGGCGCCGCACCAGCCCACACUGAUCGCCCGCCGCCGCCUGAGCGCGCAGAUGAGCCCAGCGCAGUCCCGGCGCACGUCCGGCGCCCCGAGCGACAUCCUCGCGGGGCAGGGUCCGCACGACGCGUACAUGAACCCGAGCCAAAACCACAGCCGGUCCACCACGGACCUGGGGGCGGCGAGCGACCACAUCGAGACCGGACAGGCGCAGAGCCCCGUGGCCAUGGCGCUGCAGUCCGUCCUCUUCGACCCGGCGCCGCGCGUGAACGCGCAGGGCGCCUCCGUCCCGACCAGCGAGGCGGGGGGCGUUCCCUUCACACCCCGGUCCGGCAGCGCGUCUCCGCUCUCCGCCGUGGACCUCUCCGACGUCCCGAACUCUCCCAGCGACUACAACGUCCACCAGCACCUCAGCGACCUCCGCCGAACCGCGAUGAUGCGGCAACUCAUGCGUCGCAGCAUGGGGCCCGUCCACAGCGGGGGGGUGUCCGGGCCGCCGUCGUCCCCGUCCAGCAUGACCAUCAACAUCCUCCCAGGCAUCCGCGAGGCCGGCCCGGCCGCGGCCGAGCGCUCCCUCGACCGCACCGCCCUCGCCGCCAACGCCCCCUUCUCCAUGGGCGCCGGCAGCGGCCCCGCGCGGUCGCGGCUCGCACGGAACGUCUCCGGGCGCGAGCUCGCGCAGGAGAUGCGCCGCCUCGGCGUGUCGGGCCUGCGCCACUCCCAGUCGAUGCGCAGCAAUCCCUGUCGGUCCAGCAUGUCUGUGUCCAUCGUCGGCGACGACGACGACGACGACGCGUCGAGCCUGUCGUCCGCGGACGAGCUCGACGCCGAGCGGCGGUCCUCGUACCUCCACGGCACGCGCGCGUCCUCCCCGACCUCGAUAUCGAUCUCUAUGUCCAUGGGGGGGCCUGGGCGCAUGUCGGGUGCGCUGCACGACCCGUGGGGCGGCACGAGCGGCGUGCGGCGCGGGUCGAUGGAGGUCACGAAUCCGCGGGACGGCGACGGCGUCGGGGUGCUGGAGCGGCGCGGGAGCACGGUGCGGCGCGGCAGCCGCGCGGGCGUGGAGGCCAGUUGGCGAAACACGGUGCAGGCGUCGCUGGAGGCGCCGCAGCUGGUCACGGCGGGGUCCACGGGGUCGCUGGAGAACGCCAAGGAGCUCAUCUUCGCGGACGGCGGGGCGGCGACGCGGCCGAGCCACGCGGCGGCGCAGGCGGCUGCGCAACGGAGCAUGCUGGAGGUGGGAGACUCGUCGCGCCAGGCGGGGCCUGUGUCGCCGACGACGGACGCGAAGCUGCUCGUGGGCAACAACUCGCCGCUGUCGCCGACGAUGGGUCUCGUGAACGCCGGCGUGGCGGUGUCGCCCAGCGCACGCGCGCUGCAGAUGCCCUACCACAACAUCGGCGUCGAGGUGCCGCCGUCGAGCGUCGGGCGCCUCGGGGGACCGUGCGAACAGAUCCGGCGCGUGGGGUCGUCGCCGGGGACCGACGUCGGGGGGGGCGAGUCGGUGCUUGACUCGUCGCCCGUGCAGUGCGACAUGCGCGGCAUAACCAACCCUCAUGGGCUCCCGCCCGACCGAUAG